AUGAAGCUGCUCAGCCUGCCUGCUGUGUCAACCCUUCAGCAGAUCACGAAACCCGCAACGUAUGAAUACACAGCUCUGCCUUUGGACACGAGCAAUCCGAAACUGCGCAUUGUCUCGCUCCUGCCCGGUCGCCAACAUGAGAAGGUCAAGUGUUCGCUGCAAAUCGCCUCCUUGGAGAAUGCUCAUUUACAGUAUACCGCCGUAUCAUACACAUGGGGCAGUACUGAAAAGACGCAAACGGUCGCGUGCGAUGGCAAGCAACUGCCCGUCACCAAUAACUUAUACGCUGCGCUGCGCAAUCUGCGAAUGAAAUAUGCGCCGGUCACCAUAUGGAUCGACCAGCUGUCCAUCAAUCAAAGUGACAGUGCCGAGUGUGAAAAUCAAGUUGGUAUAAUGGGGAAGAUAUACAAGAACGCCCAGGGAGUAGUCAUAUGGCUCGGUGAAACUCAACACAAUAGCACCCAAGCAAUUGCGCUAUGUAAGCAAAUGACCAAGGUCAUUGAUGCGCAUGACCGAGACAUAUCCAGAGACAUCAUCGGUGGGCCUGAGCAAUUCGGCUUGCCAAAAUGGGCAGAUAAUGUCUGGUACAGUCUUGGACUUUUGCUUAGGCGGCCGUGGUUCCAACGGACUUGGACCAUCCAGGAAGUGGUCAUGGCACGCAAUGCCGCUGUCCAGUGUGGAAGAGACAAUAUACCAUGGACCUCGCUCAGCAGAGUCGCUUCUUUUUUGGACUUUGAAACUGGAAGACCUUCUGGCGUCGCGAACCCGACAAGCACAAGUCUGACUCACCGCGUGCGACUUAUAGACCAACUCAGGGAGGCCCCGAUGGAUCUGAUUGAUUUGCUUCUUGAGACCAGAGACUACCAGGCUACCGACGCCAGAGACAAGGUAUACGCGCUUCUGGACCUUGCAUUAUCCGAUGUUGCGCCCGACUAUACUACAAAGACCGCUGAAAUACUGUACAUUCAGAUUGCAGUUGCAUAUCUUGCGAGCAUACUAGUCGAGCCAUGCUCAGAAGAGCUGAGAAGCCGCAAAGUGAUGAGUCUGAUCAGCCAUGCCGGAUCUGCGAACCAGCAGCUUCGUUUGCCUUCGUGGGUCCCAGAUUGGAGCAGAAGCCUUCAGAGCCGGCCAUUUGUACUCCGUCCUUCGUUUUCAAUCGAUCCUAUACCAGGGUACAAAGCUGGCGGACCUGUACUUUCUCAAUUCGAUAUGUUGAGUCAUCAUCGCUUGCGUCUCAGUGCCAUCUUCUGUGGCUCAGUACGUAUAGUCGGUAGCAAAUGGCUUGCCAAGGGAGAUAUGCUGAGCCGGAAACAACUCCGCGAGGACGCAGGCGAAUGGCUUGCUGAGGCCAUGUCAAUCAAUUACAUGGCCGGGCAGACGUAUCUGACAGGGGGCCCAGAGAACGAGAUUUUCAAGAAAACAGUAUUAGCAGGCAGGAACCGAUAUGGCGACCUGGCCUCACCAGACGAUAUCCAGACAAUGUACAAUGGCUGGCGGACACUAGAACAGAGGACUUUCACAAUCGAGUACGUGAAAGAACGUAUCCAUGGUGAUCAGUGGCUUUACUUCCAUGCAACCAUGGCGGCCCAGGGACGGGUCUUCAUGCUAUCAUCACACGGUCAUACCGGCCUUGUGCCGCAUGGAACCAGAUGUGGUGACAGGAUCGCUGUGCUUCUGGGCGCGGGAGCGCCAGUAGUGUUACGGCCUGUUGGGUAUGACAUGGACGGACAUCUGUAUUCGCUUCUUGGUGGUAGGUGUACCUCACACUAUCGUUCUCAGAUCGUUCAAAGCUAA